AUGGGCUACGGGUCUUCCAUCAUGUCUGGUGCGGAGCAAGAAGGCAAGACCCGCGCCAAGGUUAGUUCUCGGUCAAUUAGAGCCCAGCUUCAGUUCCCAGUUGGUCGAAUCCACCGCUUGCUCCGCAAGGGCAACUACGCCGAGCGCAUCGGGGCUGGUGCGACCGUGUACCUGGCGGCCGUGCUGGAGUACCUGACGGCUGAGAUCCUGGAGCUAGCGGGCAACGUGGCUCGCGACAACAGGAAGACGCGCAUCGUCCCCCACCACCUGCAGCUGGCCAUCCGCAACGACGAGGAGCUCAGUAAGUUGCUGGGAGAUGUGACAAUCGCGCGGGGAGGUGUCCUGCCCAACAUCCAGCCUGUGCUGCUGCCCAAGAACACCCAGAGCUACCGCUAG